AUUUCCGGUGAAGAUUCGCACCAUGAUUUGGUGCAGAUCCAUAAACCCACGAAACAUAAGUUCUUCCUUCUGCCGCAGCCAUUCGGGAUGCUCCGAAAAGGAGGCUUAUGUCAAACUUGGAUAAGUGUGAACGUAGACGAAUAUCUAACUGGUUAGGUUUCAUCGAGACCACUGGGAACAUCUGGUUUAAUCUUGUGGUCGAGAGUUAUCCCGUGUUUUAGGGGAAACCUUGGAGUUUCCCUUCUAGAAAAGAGAGGAUGGACUUCAGCACCAGGCUAAUGAUGUGGCAGGAGCUGGCGGUGAGCUGUGGCUUCACUACGUUACAUCAGAGCCUGCAGCAGGUGUGGCAGCUUCUUCUUCUCUGUCUCGUCUGCAGAGUCUGCUUCAGGCUAGGAGUCUCAUCAGCGGUGAAGCACGUCGCGUCCACAUUGAUCGGGAUGUAUGGCCUGUUCCUGUUCCUGGAGUUGCACAUGGUGUGGGUGCUGCUGCUCAGCAUCAUCUGUUACCUCAGUCUCCUGCUCUGCAGACACUCUAGCAACAAAGGCCUCUUCCUCUCAGUGGUUAUCCUCGUCUACCUUCUCAUUGGAGAGUUGCAUUUUUUUGACAUGGGAACCUGGAAUAAAAUACGAGGUUCUCAGAUGGUGGUGGCCAUGAAGGUCAUCUCGCUGGCCUUCGAGCUCGACAGAAGAAAAGACAACAACCUGCCAUGCCCUGCUGAGUUCCUUGGCUAUGUUUUCUUUGUGGGCACUGUUGUGUUUGGCCCAUGGAUCAGCUUGUCAAGUUACAAAAAUGCACUUAAUGGUCCAAAACUGAGCUACUUGUGGCUGUAUAGUUCCCUCAUCAGACUUGUAAAGAGUCAGAUUUGUCUGCUGGUGUCGACCUGCAUCGCUCCGUAUCUUUUCCCUUUGUUCGUGCCGAUAUAUGGGAACUCUGUCACACAAAAGUGGCUGCGUGCUUACGAGAAUGCAGUGUCCUUCCACUUCAGUAAUUACUUCGUGGGUCAUCUCAGCGAAGGCACCAGCAUGUUGGCAGGAGCAGGUUUCACGGAAGAAAAAGACAACAUCCAAUGGAAUAUGAGGAUAGUGAAGCCCCUGAGUGUGGAAAUGCCUCGCUCCAUGGUGCUGGUCGUGAUAUCAUGGAACAUCCCGAUGUCUCAGUGGUUAAAAACCUAUGUGUUUAAGACCUCCGUGAAACUGGGAACCUUCCCUGCAAUCCUUGUGACAUACACAGCCAGCGCCCUCCUGCAUGGCCUGAGUUUUCACCUGGGAGCUGUUCUGCUCACACUGGGAUUCAUCACAUAUGUUGAACACGUUCUGAGGAAGAAGCUUGCAUACAUCCUUAGUGCCUGCAUUCUGUCCAGGCCCUGUGCGUCUGACUGCAGCCAUCGACACAAGAAGACUGCCUGGGUGCUGUUGCUGAAUCUAGUGUUCAGUUUGCUGGUCAUCUUCCAUCUCACCUACUUGGGCUCCAUGUUUGAUCCUGGAUCUGAUGAACAGGAAGUAGAAGAGGGUUACGCAGCGAUCCAUACCAUUCAGAGGUGGUCCGAGCUGAACUGGGCAAGCCACUGGGUCGUUUUUGCUUGCUGGAUUUUCUAUCGUUUAAUUUAGUGAUCUUGUUGUAGUAGAU